AUGUCUCGGGUCUCGGGUCUCUCACAUGCUCUUCUUACUACAUCUAAGCCUCGUGGUUUCAAAUCUGCUGCUAAAAACCCUGCAUGGUUGACUACUAUGGAUGAAGAGGUCAAAGCUCUUCGUGACAACUGCACUUGGGAUCUUGUUCCUCAGCCUCCCAAAACGAACAUUGUGGGUUCUGAAUGGAUCUUUCACACCAAGUAUCUAUCUGAUGGCUCUAGUGACCACCUCAAGGCCCAUCUUGUUGCCACGGGCUACACUCAGCUUCCUGGCCUCGAUUACACCGAUACUUUCAGUCCAGUGGUCAAAGCCUUAACUGUUCGUGUUGUGCUCUCUCUGGCUGUCACUUAG